AAUGUUUUAUCCAAAUGGGUUCUGAAAACCCUUUGGAAAUUUUAGAAAAUGAAUGUGUAAAUAAUGAAACUAAAGAUAAAGUGGAUAAAAAAAGUCCAGAUUUAAAAGAUUUUAUAUCGGAUGAUGAAUCGGUAGAAAGUGACGACUCAUAUGAUAGAAAAAAGGUAAAUAGGGGUUCAAGGGGGACUAAAACUGACAAAUUUGGAAGAAGGAUAAGGUACCAAGUUAAUAAAAAAGUGUUUGGAACUAAGGACCUGAAAUCUAAGUUAAACGCCAGUAAAAAAUAUGAAUUGUAUCAAAUGAGGAAGAAAGAAUACGAAAGUGAUAAGAAUCGCAGUAAAGGAGUCCCUGAAUGUGUGUCUCAAUACCAACUUUCAGCUAUAGAUAGAAUGGCCCUGAGAAGAGAACAAAUUCUGAAGAAACAUUCUGAAAAUUUUAUAAAUGACGUUAAGAAGUCGAAGGAUAACGAUUAGUGUUAUUCACAUAGUACAUGGUUUCACCCACAAAGU